AUGUUCUCAAGAACAGAUAAACAUGUGGACACUUUGGCUAGUGAUAUCAGUCAAUUAAGCUUUGAUUCACCAUCUAAUAAAUUAGAUUAUAAUUCAAACGCUCAUUCUGGUGUGACCCCACUAAGACAAAGGGAUGGAAACGUUAGUAGAUUUGGUUUUGGACCAGGUGUUAAAAUGAGUACCCCAACUCCAUCUCCAACUAAAUCUACAAUAUAUGAUAUAGGAAAUGACAGUUCGGCAAUGAUGGUCGAUGAUGAAAUUAAUACUAAUAAGACAGAUGUGUCUAAUUCCCCUAAGAAGCUACCAAGGGAUUUUUAUAAAAAAGCAUCCUCAAAUAAAACUCAACGGUUGGUAAGUGUUUGUAAGAUGUAUUUCCUCGAUUAUUAUUGUGAUAUGUUUGAUUAUAUUAUAAGUAGAAGACAAAGAACUAAAAGAGUAAUGGAGUAUAUAGAACAACAGAAAAUGUUAAAUAAUGUACCAGUAGAUACUUUAAAUAACGAAUGGUUUGGCUAUCUACAAAAGGAGCAUGAAGUGCUUAGAAAGAGAAGGCUUAAACCAAAACAUAAAGAUUUUGAAAUGAUCACUCAAGUUGGUCAAGGUGGAUAUGGACAAGUCUAUUUAGCAAGGAAAAAAGAUACUAAAGAAGUAUGCGCACUAAAAAUCUUAAAUAAAAAGCUUUUAUUUAAGCUGAAUGAAACUAAUCAUGUUUUGACUGAGAGAGAUAUAUUAACCACAACGCGCUCUGAAUGGUUAGUUAAGCUUUUAUAUGCAUUCCAAGACCCUGAAAGUUUAUUUUUAGCCAUGGAGUUUGUUCCUGGUGGUGAUUUCAGAACUUUAUUAAUUAAUACAAAGUAUUUGAAGAGUGCCCAUGCAAGAUUUUAUAUAAGUGAAAUGUUCUGUGCUGUUAAUGCUUUACACGAAUUAGGUUAUACACAUAGAGACUUAAAGCCAGAAAAUUUCUUGAUUGAUGCUAAAGGUCAUAUUAAAUUAACAGAUUUUGGGCUAGCAGCUGGGACAGUAUCAAAUGAAAGAAUAGAGAGUAUGAGAAUUAGAUUAGCUGAAGUUAAAAACUUGGAGUUCCCUGAAUUUAAAGAAAAAUCAAUCGAGGAUAGAAGGAAAAUAUAUCAACAAAUGAGACAAAAUAAUAUCAAUUAUGCAAAUUCCAUGGUAGGUUCUCCUGAUUAUAUGGCAUUAGAGGUUCUAGAGGGCCACAAAUACGAUUUCACUGUCGAUUAUUGGUCAUUGGGCUGUAUGCUAUUUGAAAGUUUAGUCAGUUACACACCAUUUAGUGGAUCAACCACAAAUGAGACAUACGAGAAUUUAAAACACUGGAAACAGACGUUAAGAAGGCCACGCUUAGACAACGGAAGACCUGCAUUUUCUGAUAGAACUUGGGAUUUAAUAACUAGAUUAAUCGCUGAUCCAAUAAGUAGGUUAAGAUCGUUUGAACAUGUUAAAAGAAUGCCAUAUUUCUCAGAGAUCGACUUUGAAAAUUUAAGAAAUAUGUCUCCACCAUUCAUCCCACAAUUAGACAGUGAAACAGAUGCAGGCUAUUUUGAUGAUUUCACAAAUGAAGCUGACAUGGCAAAAUAUGCUGAUGUUUUUAAGAGACAAAAUAAGCUAUCUGCUAUGGUAGAUAACACUGCUGUCGGUUCAAAGUUACUAGGAUUUACUUUUAGACAUAGAAGUGGUAAACAAGGUAGUAGUGGUGUAUUAUAUAAUGGAUUAGAACAUUCUGAUCCAUUUGCCACCUUCUAUUAA